CUUAUUGCCGAGACUGGAAUGGUUGGGUCUGGGACCGACUGCUGUGUGAUCGCAUUGCUUGGCUUUGAGUCUGAGCCUCGGUUUCCUUAUCUGUCAGAAGGAGCUACAAGCAGGGGCGUGGUGAGGAUUCUGUGAGGGCUUAGCACAGGCCAGAGCCUACAGUAAGUGUUCCAUAAAUGUAGUUUCUACCUGCUAUUAGCAUAAUCCUCAGCUCUCCCAGUGUCUCAGAGCCCAAUGCUGAAGACCGGGUUUCUAGGCUAGGGUAGGGUCCCCAGCCUUCCAGCGCCUCUGCAAGGGGGCUCCCACGUGGUGAGCCUACAGGGGGAGCACACGUGGCUCCCAUCUGAGUACCAGGGGCCGGGCCUGACCAGGGCGUCCUCCCCAACCUCCCUCCUGCCCACUCUUGCUUUGCCAACCCUCCCAGUCAGAGAAAGCAGGCAAGCAGCUCGUAUUCAUGAACCGUAAUUCAAUCAGGCAGCGAUUCCUUGGGGCUGGGCGGGGGCGAGAACGAGAAGGCGCGCACAAAAGGGCCGCUUUAUUACCUCCCGCGGGCCGGGAAUUGCUGCUCUCCCCCAGCACCGGCCGGAGCCGCCUUUAUUGUGUUAACCCAUUUGCGUGUCAAGAGCUAUUGUGCGCUUUCUCGCCGCCGGUGCGGUGCGGCUGAGGGAGGAGGGCUGCGCUGCCGGCCGGUCACCUCCGCGGGCGCCGCCCGCCGCCCUGAUUGGUUGCUAAGCGAUUUGCAUCCAAGGAUUCCUGCUGCGGAACGCGCCCGCCCAGGGCUCCCAGCUCAGCCAUGCUGGCCUGUCUGCAGAGGACUCAGAACCCACCAGGCCAACACCUGGCCUGUCCAAGCAAGAGCCUGGAUCUGCGCAAGUGUGAGUCAGUGGCCAGCUCUAUGCAUUCCUCGCGCUACCCUAGCCCAGCGGAGCUGGAUGCCUACGCGGAGAAGGUAGCCAACAGUCCCCUGUCCAUCAAGAUCUUCCCCACCAACAUCCGAGUGCCGCAGCACAAGCACCUGAGCCGCACGGUCAAUGGCUACGACACCAGCGGCCAGCGUUACAGCCCCUACCCUCAGCACACCGCCGGCUACCAGGGCCUUCUGGCCAUCGUCAAGGCCGCCGUCUCCUCGAGUGCUCAUGCGCCCGCCGGCCACCCCAAAAGCGUGCUCAAGAGUGUGGAGGGCAAGCGGACUAAACUGUCGCCGGCCACCGUGCAGGUGGGCAUUGCGCCUUACCCAGUGCCCAGCACCCUGGGGCCCUUGGCCUACCCGAAGCCACCCGAGGCACCUGCACCACCGCCCAGCCUGCCUGCAGCAGCCACUGCCACCUCUGUGAUCCCUCUGCCCGGCCGGGGCCUUCCCCUCCCCCCCUCCAACCUACCCUCUAUCCAUAGCAUCCUGUACCAGCUCAACCAGCAAUGCCAGGCCCCGGGUGCUGCACCAAGCGCCUGUCAGGGCGUGGCUGUGCCCCACCCCAGUCCAGCUAAGCAUGGCCCAGUCCCCAGCUUUCCCAACCUGGCUUACUCGGCCACAGCCGGUCUGCCAGACUGCCGGAAGGGCACAGAACUGAGCCAGGGAGCCACCCCAGCCCUGACACUGGCUGGGGCCACCAAACCUGCAGGGUAUGCAGAAGGUGGCCUGGAUUACCUGCUGUGGCCACAGAAGCCACCCCCACCCCCACCCCAGCCGCUGCGGGCCUACAGUAGCAGCACCGUAGCCGGCAAGUCCCAGUCCCCAGAGAUUUGUGGCGGGAGGGCCUUCGAAAGGGCCAACGGGUCGCCCCACAACUGCGGAAUGGGGCUGCCCGGCAGCUUCACCGUGGGCCAGUACUUCGCUGCCCCUUGGAACAGUGUUCUGGUGACACCUACCAGUGACUGCUACAAUCCAGCAGCUGCUGCCGUAGUGACAGAGCUGGCACCAGGAGCCGCCCGGGAGCUAGCCGGGCCUCCUGGAGACGUACUCUCGGGCCUGACCAGCAAGAGUGUGUGUAACACAGCGGUGCUGAGCAGCAGCCUCCAGUCGCUGGAGUAUCUCAUCAACGACAUCCGGCCACCCUGCAUCAAAGAACAGAUGCUGGGUAAGGGUUACGAGACGGUGGCCGUGCCCCGGCUGCUGGACCACCAGCACGCCCACAUCCGCCUACCUGUCUACAGAUAAGGUCUGCCCUGCGGACACACGGACAGGGUGAUGGGGGUUGCCAGGCCAUAGCACAGGGCGGGAAGCUAGCAGGGCGCCCCGCCCGCCCUGUGUCCACGGGGAAGCCAGGCUGGUUACCUCCUCACUUCAGUGGGCAGGCGGGUUGACCUCACACACCAGGGCUUCUUUCCUCUCCCGCUUGCUGCCCCAGGCAGCAGGGAGGGUCCCAGGCUGGCCACGAGGCUCCUUCAUCUUUCAUCCAGGCAGGGAAAGAGGACCUUCUGCCAACAAGAAGUUCCUUCUGGGUCUCCAGCAGAGGGCGCUCCAGUCAUCCCGUGUCAUACACGGGGUCUCUAUCCACAAUCUCCCAGUCCCUGGGUCCAAAGUGCCCCACCCCACCAACUAAUCCAGGUGAAGACCGCCCUGACUCCACACCCCCAGAGGUCUCAGGACUACCCCCCCCCCGUUCCUGCUGACUCUCCCCCUACCCACCCACCCUCCCUACUAGGAAUCACGCCCAACCUACCCGGUACGCCCCAGACCAACCUCUUCUCCAUCCCUACACUACAUCUCACAGGGCUGCUGGGAACAGUUGGUGCGUUGCACAAGGGCACCUUGCCCAAGGAGACUCCACACACAUCCUAGAUUUGUGUAUUUAUUACAGUUGUCUGCAUUUCAAGGAAGGGACACUAUCUUCCUAUUCGCACAAAGAUGUCACGGGGGGCUAACAAGGGACCUGUAAAUUCAGGCUCCAUUCACAAGGACGGUCUUGCCUUCUUCGCAUCUCUGGGUCUCCUGGGGACCAGUGGGAGGGUGACCUGGCUGUAACUGGAAUACCCAAUCCAGCUCCCGUUCUCAUUCCCCCCACCCCCACCGCACUGCUGCGGGGCGUGGGGAAGAGAGAAGCCCAGGAAGUCCUCAAGGCCUGCAGUCCCCGGGCCCUGCCGGCCCCAGGCGCUCCGGAAAGCGGUACUGUAUCUCGCCAAGGCCUGUCUGAGCACUAAGUGCAUUUACAAAGCUCUGAGAAUGUUUUUUUUAUACUAAAAUUGACCAUUAUAUUCUACUGUGAGAAGUGCAGUCUGUCUGCACUAUAUUGUUUUAAAAACGAAGAGAAAGAAAAAAAACGGAAAACAGA